CUCAUUGUUCUUUCUUUCUUAUAGUAAGAAGAGAACAUAACCUAUAGAGGCCGUCUUUUGGCAGAAGAUGGUAGAUUUGAACGAGAAAGAGGAGUUGGAAGCUAGGAAUCCAAAGUGAAGAAACUCUGCGAGCCCUUGGGUUCCUAUUACUGCCACCAUGCCAGAAAUGACAGAGCAUGAGACGCCAACGAAAAAACAGCACAGAAAGAAGAACCGGGAGACACACAAUGCAGUGGAGAGGCACAGAAAGAAGAAAAUCAAUGCUGGGAUAAACAGAAUAGGAGAGCUGAUCCCGUGUUCCCCUGCUCUGAAACAGAGCAAGAACAUGAUCCUGGACCAAGCCUUUAAGUAUAUAACAGAAUUGAAGCGGCAAAACGAUGAACUCCUUCUUAACGGAGGGAACAGUGAACAAGCUGAAGAAAUUAAAAAGCUACGAAAACAACUGGAAGAAAUCCAAAAAGAAAAUGGCCGAUAUAUUGAAUUAUUGAAAGCAAAUGACAUAUGUUUAUAUGAUGACCCCACAAUCCACUGGAAAGGAAAUCUGAAAAACUCAAAGGUAUCUGUUGUUAUUCCGAGUGACCAGGUCCAGAAAAAUAUCAUUGUUUAUUCCAAUGGGAGCCAGCCUGCGGGAAACAGCCAGGGGACAGCCGUUCAGGGAAUAACCUUUAAUGUUGGUCACAGCUUGCAAAAGCAGACCGCCAACGUGGUGCCAGUGCAGAGGACCUGCAAGCUUGUGACUCCUGUGUCUAUUUCUGGAGUUUACCCUUCUGAAAACAAGCCGUGGCAUCAGACUACAGUGUCUGCGCUGGCUGCCAACCAGCCUGUUCCCCUUUGUCUUCCCACUGCCAUUUCUGCUCAAAAUAUUCUCGAACUUUCUACUUCCGAAAGCCAAUCAAGUGUGCUUGGUGCCACUGGUGGCUCACUGAUCACUGUUUCAGUUGGCCCUGACCCUCACCAACAUCGUUCCUUGCACACAUGCCUAAAUGAUCAAAAUGCUUCAGAAAAUAGCAAUGGGCAAGAGAGCCCUAAAUCAUCAAAGCAAACAGUUGUGUGUGUCACAAGCACCUCCUCCUCCAGCAGCUCAGCAAUUGCCUCUAAAGUGCAUCAUGGAACUAGAUCUGGCCCGAGUGUGCAGGAGUUCAGUGGAGAUUUGCAGAACACCAUUGUUGUGUCCGUUACCACCACAGUAAGCCCUGGCCCUCCCAGGUCUACAGGUGAUUCUUCUCUGGUGAGCAUUUGCAAGGCAGCAGACUCAACAGCUACAACGACAGUGGUGGCACCAGCUCCCACCAGAGUAGUGAAGACCACCCUCCCAGUGAGCAGUCUUUCUGCAAAUCCUUUGGACAGUAGUUGGACUCUUUCUUGUUCUUUGCCUUCUUCAAGUGUUAGUGCUUCAGAUUUGAAAAACAUCAAUAGCCUUACCCGUAUCUCUUCGGCUGGAAACACACAGACAACAUGGACUACUUUGCAAAUGGCUGGAAACACUAUUCAGCCUUUAAGCCAGACACCAUCUUCUGCUGUGACUCCAGUAUUAAAUGAGUCUGAUACCAACUCUACCCCAAGCCUCCAUAACCGUGUGGCUACAGCCAUCACUUUAAAUAAUUCCCUUCCAGCAGAUGGGCCGCCAAUUGAGCAAGUAGUGGUCACUUUGCCUUCGUGUCCACCCUUACCUAUGCAGCCACCAAUUGCCCAGCCACAAGUUAAAUCUCAGCCUCCAAAAAAUAUCCUUCCCUUGAAUUCAACAAUGCAAGUGAUUCAGAUGGCUCAGCCAGUUGGGUCAGCUGUCACUGCGGCUCCAGGUAACCAAAAUGUUAUCAUUCUUCAGCCACCCAGCACAACCCCGUGCCCAGCAAUGAUGAGGGCAGAGGUUCCCAACCAAACAGUAGGUCAACAGAUUGUCAUCAUACAGGCAGCCAAUCAGAACCCAUUGCCACUCCUCUCUGCUCCCCAUCCUGGUCCUGUUCGACUUCCUGUUAAUGGAGCCAGUGCUAUAAUAGGGUCUCAUAAUUCAGUGCAAAAUGUGCCAGCCCCGCAGACUUUUGGAGGAAAGCAUCUUGUGCACAUAUUACCAAGACCUUCAUCUUUAUCCACAUCUACUUCAACCCAAACUUUUUCUGUCACCAUGUCAAACCAACAGCAGCCUCAAACCAUUUCUUUAAAUGGGCAGCUCUUUGCUUUGCAACCUGUCAUGUCUUCAUCAGGAACUACAAAUCAAAGCCCUAUGCAAAUUAUUCAACCUACCACCAGCGAAGAUCCAAAUACCAAUGUUGCCCUGAACACAUUUGGGGCUUUGGCCAGCCUCAAUCAAAGCAUAUCGCAGAUGGCUGGGCAAAGCUGUGUACAAUUAUCUAUUAGCCAGUCUGCUAAUUCUCAGACUUCUGCAAACAGUCAGCCCAGCCCAGCUAACUGUGUGUCACUAACCACUGUAGCACCUACCAUGACAGCAGAUAAUUCAGCCACACUACCCAGUACGUACAGUCUUGCCACAGCUUCCUCAGCAAACACCGUCACUUGUUUGCCCUCUACCAUGAAAUCAAAAAGACCGAACAAGAAGCCAGGUGCCAAGAAACACUUAGCAGCUAACAAGCCAGCAUGUCCCCUGAAUUCAGUCAGAGAUGUGGGCAAGCUAGAGGGUCCCAGAACAGACAGUUCAGCAGAACCAUCGUGUAAUGAUGGACUGCUGGACAGCCUCCCUGUUGGCCUCCCAUCUGUUGCUGUGUCCCAGGCAAAGAGUGUUAGUAUUUCUGCUUCACAUUCUUUGGACAUUCUGAAUUCUGAAUCAGUAAUCCCCGAGUCUGUGUCCAAACCUAAGUCAGCAGGGGACUGUAGCUCAUCCUCCCAAGAAUCAGAAACAAACGAACAGUUUGCAGUGGCCCCAGCAAAAUCCAAAGAUUCUCCUCCCAUCUUGCAAGAGACAUCUCAGGGCACACCACCAACUACUGUAGCAUUGUCCAGUGCUACAAACUCCUGUACUUCAGCCAAUGUGUUGAGUCCAUCUCCUAUCGAAUCCCAGAUUUUGGUUUCUCAGGUUUCUGGUAUGUCAUCCACUACAAGCACUUCAAGUGCUGACUGUAUUUCUGAAGUAGAAAUUGUGGCAGAACCUUGCCCCAUUCAGCAGGAUUCACUGGACACCAUGCAAGCAGCAGGACCUUUAAAGGGGCAAGGUCUAACAAUGCUGCUAUCUGAUCUUACUAAAGAAAAAGACCUUCAGAAACCAUCUCUUUCUGUUCAGAUGGAUCAUCCAGAUUUUUCUCCAGAUAAUUCUAAGAUAGGUGAUUCUAAUGUUGAUCUGCAUCCCAAGCAGGAACUGUUACUGAUAAACGAGGACAGAGAUCCUCCACAGCACCACUCCUGUCUCCCAGAUCAAGAGGUUAUUAAUGGUUCUUUGCUCACCAGUAGGCAAGCUGACUCUCCUAUGUCAACAAGCUCUGGCAGUAGUCGUAGUUUCUCGGUUGCAUCCAUGCUUCCCGAAACAGCUCGCGAAGAUGUGACCAGCAGUACAACAGCUAACACAUGUGACAGCUGUACCUUUGCAGAGCAAACUGAUAUUGUAGCCCUGGCAGCAAGAGCUAUUUUGGACCAGGAGAACACUGAGAAGGGAAGGGUUGGCACACAGACUGAGAUGAGGGAGGUUACUUCCAAGUCUUCUGAAACCUCUUUAGAGGGAGAACAGCCUUUUAAAACACAGAUCCGUAAGGAACCUUGCACAGGACAGGCAGAUGCAACACCAAAUGAAUUUAACUCUCAGGAUUCAGUGGAAGUCACAGUCAAUAGGCCUCUCGAAAAAUCGAGCUGUUCUCUGGGAAUUAAAUCAUCAAAUGCCUCCUUGCAGGUGCCAGCCUCUCAGCCACCAAGUCUGACCAGUUUAAGUGUGAAUAAUCUUGUCCAUCAGAGUAACGUCAGCCACCCUCUGGUCAGCUGCACGGGGUUAUCGCAGACUUCCGAGCAAACAUCUAUUCCUGUAACUGUUAAUAUGCCUGUUGUAUCCAGCUCUUAUAGCAGCCAGCCUCCUGCACCACCUCUGAUGACAGACUAUCCCCAGGAACAGCUGAGCAACAUGAGUAGUGCUGUACCAAAUCCACAGGCUCCAGAGCCCCGCUCAAAGCCAAGUCAAGAGAGCCGGAAAGAUUCUGCAAAGCGCGCUGUACAAGAUGAUCUUCUACUGUCUUCAGUCAAACGGCAAAAGCACUGUCAGCCAGCCCCUCUGAGGCUUGAAAGUAUGCCCCUGAUGAGCCGGACUCCAGAAAGCAUUCCUGAUCAAACUCAAAUGAUGGGGAGUCAGAUUCCCACCAACUCUUCAAACUCAGUUGUUCCUGCUAGCAACCCAGCUCAUGGAGACGGCCUUACACGGCUAUUCCCUCCUGGUAACAACUUUGUGGCACCUGCAUUGAGGCAGACUGAAGUUCAGUGUGGUUCUCAGCCUCCAGUUGCAGAGCAACAGCAACAAACUCAGGCAAGUCAACAUCUGCAGGCCCUGCAGCAGCAUGUACCAGCUCAAGCGGUGUCUCACCUUCACACCAAUCAUCUCUAUAUCAAACAGCAGCAGCAACAGCAGCAGCAGCAAGCAGGGCAGUUAAGAGAGAGGCAUCACUUAUAUCAGCUGCAGCAUCAUGUGCCUCAUGCAGACAGUGCUGUCCACUCCCAACCUCAUAUUGUGCACCAGCAGAGAACUCUACAACAGGAAGUUCAGAUGCAGAAGAAGAGAAAUCUCGUUCAGGGCACUCCUGCCUCUCAGCUGUCCUUACAACCAAAACACCAUGGGACUGACCAGUCGAGACCCAAGAGUAGUCAGCCACAUCCUCACCAUCAACAGAUGCAGCAACAGAUGCAGCAACACUUUGCAAGUUCCCAGCCAGAGAAGAGCUGUGAAAACUCUUCAACUGGCCGGGGCCACCAUAACCAUGCCCAGAACCAUAUCAGUCAAGAGAUUCUGCACCAGCAACAAGAUGUUGGAAGCAGACAGCAGGGUUCAGCGGUUUCUUCUGAUCAUGUAUCCGGUCAUAAUCCAAUGCAGAGGCUUUUGCCGCCAAGAGGCUUAGAGCAGCAAAUGGUGUCCCAACCCAGUAUCGUGACUAGGUCUUCAGACAUGACCUGUGCUCCACACAGGCCAGAGAGAAACCGAGUGUCCAGUUACUCUGCUGAGGCUCUCAUUGGAAAGUCAUCUUCAACUUCGGAACAGAGAAUGGGCAUGUCGAUUCAGGGUUCAAGGGUUUCAGAUCAGCUUGAAAUGAGAAGUUAUAUUGAUGUUCCCAGAAAUAAAAGCUUGGCACUUCAUAAUAUGCAGGGUCGCAUGGACCAUGCAGUCCCUCUUCCAGAUUGUCAGACAUUCAAGCCAUCUGGAGCCAGCCAACAGCCCCAGAGUAAUUUUGAAGUACAGUCUUCAAGAAAUAAUGAAAUAGGUAACCCUCUGCCGUCACUAAGAAGUAUGCAGUCACAGGCUUUUCGAAUCAGUCAGAACACUGGCCCACCACCAAUUGACCGACAAAAGCGGUUAUCUUAUCCACCAGUUCAAAGUGUCCCGGCAGGAAAUGCUGUCCCACCAAGGGACAGUGAGAACACAUGUCACCAGAGUUUCAUGCAGAGUUUACUUGCUCCUCACCUUGGUGACCAGGUCAUUGGGAGCCAAAGGUCACUCUCAGAACAUCCAAGGAAUACACAAUGUGGUCCAUCUUCAACAAUUGAAUAUAAUUGUCCCCCAACCCGUGAAAGUGUUCAUAUUAGAAGAGAGAGUGAAAGUCAGAAUAGGGAGAGUUGUGACAUGUCUUUAGGUGCAAUUAACACCAGGAACAGCACCUUGAAUAUUCCAUUUUCAAGUUCCUCUUCCUCAGGAGAUAUUCAAGGUCGAAACACAAGUCCCAAUGUUUCUGUACAGAAGUCCAAUCCCAUGAGGAUUACUGACAGUCAUGGGACCAAGAGCCACAUGAACCCUCCUCCGGUCACAUCCAACAUGCAUGGGGUUGCAAGGCCAACUUUGCCACACCCAUCUGUGUCUCAUGGAAAUGCUGACCAAGGGCCUCCUGUACGUCAGGCUAACUCUUCAGUUGCCCAGAGGUCAAGACAUCCCCUGCAAGACAGCAGUGGUUCCAAAAUCCGCCAACCUGAAAGGAAUCGAUCUGGAAAUCAAAGGCACAGUAGUGUCUUUGAUCCAAGUCUUCCUCACCUUCCUCUCCCUGCUGGCGGUAGCAUGAUUCUUGGACGUCAGCAACCUGCUGCAGAAAAGAGAGGGGGUAUUGUUCGUUUUAUGCCCGAGAGUCCACAAGUCCCUAACGAUAAUUCAGGUCCUGACCAGCAUACGCUGUCACAAAAUUUUGGUUUCCCUUUUAUUCCCGAGGGUGGCAUGAAUCCACCAAUAAAUGCGAAUACUUCCUUCAUUCCACAGGUUACCCAGCCUAGUGCCACACGAACUCCAGCUCUCAUCCCAGUAGAUCCCCAAAACACUCUACCUUCCUUCUACCCCCCCUAUUCUCCUGCUCAUCCUACCCUGUCCAAUGACAUUUCAAUCCCUUAUUUUUCUAAUCAAAUGUUCUCCAAUCCUAGCACAGAGAAAGUAAACAGUGGAAGUUUAAACAACCGAUUUGGAUCCAUUUUAUCUCCUCCCAGACCUGUUGGCUUCGCUCAGCCAAGCUUUCCCCUUCUCCCUGAGAUGCCGCCAAUGCAUAUGGCCAACUCUCACCUAUCCAAUUUCAAUAUGACAUCAUUGUUUCCGGAAAUAGCAACAGCUCUUCCUGAUGGCUCAGCGAUGUCACCUUUGCUCACCAUAGCAAAUUCCUCUGCUUCUGACUCCUCCAAGCAGUCUUCAAACAGACCUGCUCACAACAUAAGCCAUAUCUUAGGUCAUGAUUGCAGCUCAGCUGUUUAAAUCCAGAGAGACUAAAUGCAAAGGUUUGGAUUGAGUUGACAGCUGUUCUUCUAUGUACACAUGUGCAUUGAGGGAGUUUGUGUAGGUAUGUGUCUUUGUUUUGGAUAACCAUUUUUCUGUUAGCUUCUGAUUAUAAGGGAGCCAUGUCAGAGAGGAUGCAUACACCGGGGUUGUCAAAACAAUCACCUCUUAUUUCUGAGUGAUGUGCUUUCUUUGAUCAUCUAAAUGAUAUACCUUUCCAAGUUUGACUUGUAAUCUUUUAUUCCCUAAGUACUAACCAACAAGAAGUUGAAGAGAUCUUGGCACAUGCUGGAUGGUAGGAAGGAGUUGAGAUUCUAAACUCAGUUAUUGUUAAGUUGUAAGAUAGAUAGUUGAGAUGGUUGGGUUGCAAAUCCAAAAGUAAAAGCAACUUGAAAAAACAUGACUCAUCACUCAAUGAUGUCAACACCUAACAGUUCUCAGCCAUGGCAGGUGAUAAAUUGAUAGUGGGCUAAAUUCCCAUACAUAAAAUCAAGCAGAAAAAAAAUAUAUGAAGUGUUUGACUCCUGAAAUUGGUUACAGAGACUUAUUUCUUAAUUAUAAUUUUAAUAAACUACCUAAAUUUCAUGUCUUGUUCUUCAAAAUAGAGAGCCACAUUAUCCUUUAAUGUGCCAAGAUCAUGGAAAGUAAAAGUCUUCCUUAGACAAUGAGCCUUAAAAUUACAAAGCUAAGACAAAAUACAGAAAUGUUUUCCACUUAGUACUUGGGUUUUGCAUUAGGCCAAAGAAUAACAGACAUUGUAUUGUGGCUUUUCCUAGGGUCACUAGUGAUUAGUACUUCAUCAGUUGAGUUGAUGUAGUAUUCUCUCUUCAUUCUAUUUAUUUGGUCUUGAAAUAAAUUAAUUUACAAUCAUUUAAAUAUUAGAACUGCUCAGUGAAUACUGUGUUUAGAAGACACAUUUGAGCCUUUUCAGAUACUUCUGAAUAGGGGUUUAAGCUGUCUCAGUAUUUUCAUUUAUUGAUUAUUUAUAUUAAAUAUUGCAUUGUAAAUUGCAUUAUUGUUCUUCAUAACAAUUAUAAUAAGAAAAUGAAUUCAUUAUUUUUCUUGUAGGUAUGAAAUGGUGCUUCACAAAAACACAUUCUCUAUGUGUAUCUGAGUUUAUGAGUGUGAGUGCAUGUGAAAGCGGGUUCCCAAGUCUAGCCUGUCCUUGCUAUUGGAGAUGCAGAUCAUGUUGUACAUGGUAAAUAGGCAUAGUCUUGUCUCAAUUAAAAGUGGACAGAUUGGAAAAGACAGUAGAACUGCCAUCUACAAAUGGGAAAUUGAGGCUUGCUCUACAGCAGUGGUUCUCAACCUUCCUAACGCGACCCUUAAUACUGUGUUCCUCAUGCUGUGGUGACCCCCAAACAUAAAAUUAUUUUCAUUGCUACUUCAUAACUGCAACUUUGCUACUGUUAUGAAUCAUAAUGUAAAUAUCUGUGUUUUCCGGGAGUCUUAGGCAACCCCGUGAAAGGUUAUUUGAGCCCCCACAGGUUGAGAACCCCUGCUCUAAAGCAUGCUGUAAUUUUUUUUAAAGAUUAUUAUUAAUAUUGUUAUUCUCUCAUAUAUUACAUCCCAACCGCAGUUUCUCCUCCAUCCAUUCAUCCCAUCCCCCCUCCUCCACCUCUCUGAUCCUCCAGAUCCACUUCUCCAUUUCCCCUCAAAAAGGGGAGGGGGCAGGCUUCCCAGGGACAUCAACCCAACACUGCAUAACACGUUACAAUAAAACCAUGCAGAAACCCUAAUAUCAAGGUUGGACAAGGCAACUUGGUAGGAGGAAAAGGGUACUGCUGUAGAUGUUUUUUAACACCACUGAAUUAAUAAUGGAUUUUAAAGCAUAUAUUAAGUCUUGAGAACAUAAAACUAAGAAAAAAAAUUUAUGUACUGAACUUUUUUCAAAACCAUUUAAACUCGUAGCUUCAAUUGUUGCUCCAUUCUGGUAAAAACUGAAUGGAGAGAGAAGGACAGAUGCAGAGAUGGCUUAGUAGAAGCGAGCCCAAGGACCACAGAGGGUUUGGGUUUUUUCCUUCAGUUUGUUUUCAUUUUGUCAGAGCCCUGGUCAGAGCAGUCGCCACUGAAUGCCUGUCUAAGGGCCCAGCAAAGGGCUGCUUGUGCCUUGUCAGUUUCUGUUGCCCGAAAAUCACCCUUCCUGGUGAACAGAGCAAACCCGUGUUUCCUCCCACAUAGUGUUCCUGGGGGGAGAACUUCACAGUUGCAUUACUUAACUCAUGAACACCACAAUAGAAAGGAUUCUGAGGAGAAAGAAACAUUUAUGAAUUGCUUUAAGCAUUAAUAUUCAUAGUGUUCUUUGUACUUGGAGGCCCAGUUUGCCAAGUUCAUUAAGGGUAGUGUUGUGUAUGGCCAUUCCUCCUCCUUCCCCGCUUCUCUUAGUGGCCGUCUUUCACACAUGCGUCCUUACAUCAUGAUGACUCUUGAGUUCAGAAGCGCAGGCUUGUGUUAUUGGAACCAAGGUUUCAUGCUAUGGAGAAACUCCAGUUUUGUGUUGUGUUUCUGAGACAGGAAUCUUGCUCUGUUGUCCAGACUGACCCUGAAUUCCUGGGCUUAAGCAGAACUUACACCUCAGCCUCCUAGGUAGCUAGACUCAAGGUGCACCCCACCACCCAGCAGAGAAGCUCCAUUUGUGACUGCGGCACUAAGUCCUAAGCCUGUUAAUACUUUGGGUUAUUGUUAUUUGGUUGUCUGCAGCUCAGCUCUGUCCUGAGAUAGCACUGGACUCAGAUGAGAAAGAGUUUGCACUUGGUUUAAAAGUCUGCGUUCUUAUUAGUGUUAAUAAUUAAAGCUAAAUGAUUUGGGGAGGAAACUUAAAUGGUUUCUGGUAAUAUCAAGAUAAAACUUUUGUUGAAGUAAUGACAGAAAAUGCAGUCAAAUUUGGUUAUAAGUUUCAUGUUGUCCUAACCUUUUAACAUGACUUUAUAAAGCAUUUCCACAGAUAACUGUAAUUUCUGGACGUACACAAGAUCAUGUCUGCCUCCUACGUGAGAGUCAUUGAUUAGCUCACUUUGUUCUGACUGUUGAUCAUACAGGAUUGCCAAACAUGCUCCGUUCCUUUGGCAUUCCAAAGUUAAAUUCUAAUGAAGUGAAGAGUCUUAGAUUUCUCUUUGUGUACUAAAAUGAACUUGUUAAAUAUGUCAACUAUAGAUGAAAUAAAUCUAUUUUAAUGUUUUUAAUAGACACUGGGUUUUUUUAAGUCUUGUAUUUCUCCAGGAGUUCUGUUUCUGUUUUCACUAGCACAGCUCUGAGACGGCAGCAGUUGCUCCCCGUCAGAGUGGAGGGCAGGAUUCCCAGUGGUGGCGGUGUGAUGUCAGAAGGCUGGGGGUCUACACUCCAGCCUUGGGAGUCCCCAGACACUGGUUAGAAUUAUGCUAAACUGCAAUGGAGGUUAGCUUUUUCCAUCAGCCUUUUCGCAUUUUAAGGAAACUUCUUUUGCCUUGCUCUUGCCUUCUAACGUUAGCCAUCUCAUGGAGAGGCUAAAACUUAAACUCAAAAAAAAUGUAGACAUACAUUUUAAUGGAAACAUUAAAAUGAGACUGUUGCUGUGCUUCUGGUUUGACCAUUCCUUCACACAGGUGUGUAGGCUCUGGCUCUCUUUUAACUGUUCCACAUCAAGCCGAUGGCAGGCAGCCUGGCUUUGUCCACGAGACAGUUAUGCCUCCAUGUUGGAAUGUGGUUGGGCCCAUCUUCUCUAUUAGAUCAGUGUGUAGUAGUAGGUCCCAGGUUUUACCUAUUGGCCACCCCUGUCCCUCUUUCUUAAACAGCAACAGUUCCUCAAAAUGUCAUUAGUUUAAAGUUGGUAAACUUCUCCCUUAGAGGAGGAACCAAAAUAGAAUAACUUUGAGACUGUAUCUUAAUGCCUGAAAGGCACUCCAAGUCUGUCAUCUAGGUACUGAUUGACUGGAAGAAGUGUGCCUUUGGCUGUUACAUCUGGAGGGCAACCAUAAGCCAAUGACCAGAAAAACUAGUAUGAACUUAAUCUCUGAGUGGUUGUUUUGCAAUGUGUAUAUGCAAAUUAAUUUUUUCUAGGGUUGCCUUUCAGGCUGAAUGUCAGCAUUUUGUUUUCUUUUCCCAAAGUUCUACCAAAAAGCAAGGGGUUUGUUUGUGGGUUUGUUUUGUUUGCUUGCUUGUUUUUUGCUUGACUAUACUCUAUAUUCUGCUCGUGCUGUGCUGAAUUCUAUAGUAAAAUCUAAGCUGUUCUUAGUAGCUCCCAUGGGGCUCACAGUGCUCAGAUGGAGACAGUCCAUGUGAGCUGGGAAACACUGAGGACCUUGGGCAGAGUUUCUGGUUCUGACCCCACACCUCUCUGUUCUGGCACUGCCCUUUUCCUGAAACUGUGCCUCUGAUUCCUGAGACCAGAUCCCAGAACAUGUCACCCAGCCGGCCCUGUGAAGCAGCUAAGGAGCUACAGGGAUGGCACAUGCCGUGUGACCAAACACCUCCUAGAUGAUCAGUGUGGCCGAUGCUUCUCACUCUUGCCUUACCGCCUCUGAGCCAUCGUUGACAAAGUAGUUAGCAAGUUGUGUAGCUGAACCUGUACCUGAGCAUGUGAGGCAGGCCGUCCUUCCACAUCCUCAUUUCCAUGUUGGCAUAAACUCUACCCGGUAAUUGUUUUUGUGGGGAGGGGGGUCACACAUAUGUCGACAGGUGCAUCAUAAACAUAACUCAGCUUAGGCGAGAACACUGGGCAUGAUCUGCAAGCUGUUCUGGAUGAAUGCACAGCCUGUCAUUAAAGUUCAUGAGAAAUAGACAAAACCUCUCUUGUAGCACAUUUUUAAACAAAAAAGUUGUGUAUACAGCUGUCCAUGCAGUUUGUAAUAGGAAAUUAAAGUUGACUCAUUUAAUUUUGUCUUCACUCUUUCUGAGACCUCUCUUUCCCCCUGCUCCCAAAGUCUUAAAGUCAUUUCCAUCUGUAAGGUCACUGGGCACAGGGCUUGAUGAUAGUGGUAAAUUUUCAGGCUGUUGAGCUUCUAAGAAGGGACCAGACAGUGUUGCUUAAGAUGCUGCAGUUGUGCUAGUGUGAAGGAAAGAUCUUCCACUUUCAGCAGGUUGUGUCUGUGUGUGUGCGCGCAUGUGCGUGUGCAUGUGUGUGUGUGCAUUUUGAUUUUUUUAAAAGGUUGAAAAUUGAGGAGAACAUGAUUACUUUCACAGAUUAUUUAUAGAUACACUGGUUGUGAUGCUUACUGUCGGCAAGCACCAGGAAAACACGAAUUUUAGUGCUUCAGUAGUGUAAUCUGUGUACCUGUGACAGGCAGCAGUCUUCUGUGCACUGUGUCCUAUAACUGUAAACCACUUGGUUUAUAAUUCUAAUGGAAACUAAUUUGUUUUGUAAUGGAAUACAGAGCAGAUAUGUAUAAUAGGAUCAGGAUUGUCCUACAGUUGUAAAUAAGAAUAGGUCCUGUUUAUUUUGACAUCUUUUUACAAAUACAUUGUAUUAGGAUGUGAAUAUUCCAAAACAUGCUCUUGUUUAAAGUUUUGAAAUUUUUAUUGUUAAAUGUAACAUUUUAAUGGUUGUAAUAAUUAUUUGUAUGGAUAUGGAUAUAGUAUUUUAUUUAAGAAAAUAAACUUUGCAAUUUUUGCAUUGUGAAUUCUCAA